AUGAAGUUUUUUGCUCUUGCAGCUCUCUUCGCGAGCACAGUCAACUCAAUUGCAGUUGAUGGCCUUAUUCCUGGAGCAAGAGUCAUCCCUGCUAACGACGUGGUAGCCCUGAAGAAGGCUGGGGCCUACCAUCAAAAGCACCACCACCGUCGCACAGUGAUCAUCCGUUCCUCUAGCAGUGAUGAAGACGACGUCUCUGCUGACUUCUUGUGGGGCAUCAAGAGGGCCAAUCAUGGUGGAAGGCUGUUGCUGCAGAAUGGGAAAAAGUAUGUCAUCGGCAAGAAGCUCGAUCUGACCUUCUUGAAGGAUAUCGAGGUUCAAUUGGAUGGAGAACUAAAGGUACUUUGGCCCAAGAUCCUAGACCCAGUCCUAGCUGGUGUUAAUACUAUAGAAAAGUUCACCAAUGACGUGCCCUACUGGCAAGCGAACAAUUUCUAUUAUGACUUCCAGAAGUCCAUUAGCUUCUGGCGCUGGGGUGGUGAGGACAUCAAGAUCUUUGGUUCCGGUGUCCUGAAUGGCAACGGACAGCGCUGGUAUAACGAGUUUGCUGGACAAGAGAUCCUGGAUCCCAACAACAAGUACUAUCGGCCCAUUCUCUUCGUGACUGAGAACGCCACCCGGGUCUCGGUCGAAGGGAUUACGCAACUCAACUCUCCCUGCUGGACCAACUUCUUCGUCCGCACCAAAGACAUCUCGUUCGACAACGUUUUCAUCCAUGCCUAUUCGACUAAUGCAUCGGCGCUCCCCAAAAACACGGAUGGCUUCGACACGCUCAACGUCGAUGGAUUGACUGUCACGAACACUCGGGUCGAUAUCGGUGACGAUUGCCUCUCACCGAAGCCCAACACUACCAAUGUUUUCGUGAAGAAUCUCUGGUGUAACGGCACACAUGGAGCGUCGAUGGGAAGUAUCGGCCAGUACCCCGGAGUCCUGGACAUAAUAGAGAAUGUUUGGAUAGAGAACGUAACCCUGCUCAACGGUGAAAACGGUGCUCGUCUCAAGGCAUGGGCUGGUCCCGAUGUUGGCUAUGGCCGCAUCAACAACGUCACUUACAAGAACAUCCACGUCGAGAACACGGACAAUCCUAUUGUCCUGGAUCAGUGCUACUUUAACAUAAACGCUACACAGUGUGCUGCCUACCCUUCGCGCGUGAACUUCACGAACAUUGUCUUUGAGGACAUCUAUGGAACCUCGUCUGGAAAACGCGGUAAGGUCGUCGCUGACCUCACCUGCUCGCCUAAUGCCGUGUGUUCGGGGAUCCGUCUUAAGAACAUCCACCUCACCAGUCCUGCGGGCAGCCCUCCAGUCAUUGUUUGUGAUGGAAUUCAAGGGGAUAUUGGAGUUGAAUGCCAGUCGUCAAGUAAUUCGACGACUAGGCGCUCGGUUGAUUUGGCCAGGAGCCUAAAAUACAGGGCAUGA